GCGGAGGAGCUAUUCAAAAGUACCAUGGACAAAGCCGAUGUAACUCUUUGUCCACAGAUUUGCCGAAGAUAUCUUCCCACGGUUUUUGAACGAUGCUAUAGCCUACCCUCACUACUUUUAUGCAUACCAUCAAAUUCUUAAGUGCCACAUCAUGGCUUAAAACAUGGUUCUCUCUUGCUUAUUUUCUAAAGGGGCGGAUCUCCUCCCUGCAGCACUGGGGCCUGGCAUCCUCCAGCGAGCCGCAGCUCCGCCGCGACGGCUGAGGGGCGGCCGCAGCUGCGGGAGCCUAGCAACGAGCUCCCGCUCUCCGGAGAGAGAGAGGCUGGCUGCCUGCGAGAAGCGGCACCGUGGCUCUCCCCCGCUCACGUGCCCGAGCUUGCGCGCGCGCGUGUGUGUGUGUGUGCGUGCGUCUGCGCGUGCGCGCAUGUGUGCGCGCGCUCCGCUUCCGCCCCUCUGCCUCCGCUCCGCUCCUCUCCUCUCCUGCCCGGAUCAUUUCUGCACUUUAAGGGGGGGUGUGUGUGUACAUGGUAAGCACAUAAUCCUGCCUACUUGAUUAUUUAAACGCUUCCAUGAACUGAAUCCUUUUUUUCCCGUUGCCUUUUCUUCAUCUUUUAAAAAAAAAAAAAUAUAUAUAUAUUUCUUUUUUUUUUUUGAUGAAUCAUUACCCGGUGCCUCCGUUACUGAGGAUUCUAGUACACAGAGCUGGAUUGUGCGCAGAUUUUUUACCUUUUUUUUUUUUUUUUUUUUGCGUCGGCCUUUGCAAUAUGAUCAGUACGCUGAAUGGUGAAAUGUCUGCAUGUACAGAGAAGCGCAGACACAUACAUUUUAGGAUGUGCGCUGCAGCCGACAGCAAAUGGUUCUCCUCCGGAUGUUAGGACAGCUACCCAGCUAAAGAGAGCAGACAGCCCUUGAGCCUAACUGGAUCAUGGAUUUAAGGUGGGAGAGAAGAUGUAGCUGAGGACAGGAGGAGGAAGAGAAGCCUGACACCUCCCAGCCUCAGGUACCUCCUGUGGGGGCGGGUCGGCCUCGGAAGCACCGCCUCACCAUGUCCAAGAGGCCAUCCGGCGGCCGAGCCAAGGGGGAUCGACCCGACGCUUUAGCCGCCCUGCAGGCAGCCAAUGAGGAGCUGAGGGCCAAACUCACAGACAUCCAAAUCGAACUUCAGCAAGAGAAGAGCAAGAUCAGCAAGCUCGAGCGGGAGAAGUCACAGGAGCUGAGGCACGAGCAGCACAAGUCGACGGUGGUGGUGACGGAGCUGAAGGCCAAGCUCCACGAGGAGAAGAUGAAGGAGGUGCACUGCGUCCGCGAGACGCUCCUGCGGCAGCACGAGUCCGAGCUGCUGCGGGUCAUCAAAAUCAAGGACAACGAGAUCCAGCGGCUCCAGGCGCUGGUCAACGUCCUCCGCGACGGCUCCGCCGACAAGGUCAAGACGGCGCUCUUCGCCGAGGCCAAGGAGGAGGCCCGGCGCGGCUUCGAGACGGAGAAGACCCGCAUGCAGCAGGAGAUCUACGAGCUGAAGGGCGUCAAGCGGCAAAUGGAGGAGGCCCUGACCCUGGCGGUGCAGGCCGACAAGAUCAAGGCGGCCGAGAUCCGCAGCGUCAACCACUUGCACCAGGAGGAGAUCAACCGCAUCAAGAAGGAGUGCGAGAGGGAGAUCCGUAGGCUGAUGGAUGAGAUUAAGGUAAAAGACAGAGCAGUCUACAUGAUGGAAAAGGAGCUGGGCGUCCAAGCUGGGCAGACUCAGAAGCUCCAGCUCCAGAAAGAGGCUCUAGAUGAGCAGCUUGUCCAGUUCAGGGAGGCUGAGCGACAUCUGGCCAGCCCCAAACGCGAGGCUCCUUAUGCGAGUGGUGCAGGAGACGUCUCUGAUCAUUCAGGAAGCCCUGAACAGCAGCUGGAUGAAAAAGACACGAGACGCUUCCAACUUAAGAUCGCCGAAUUGAGUGCAAUCAUCCGCAAGCUGGAGGACCGCAAUGCUCUGCUUUCGGAAGAACGCAAUGAGCUGCUCAAGCGCCUUCGAGAAGCUGAGAGUCAGUACAAGCCUCUCAUGGACAAGAACAAAAGACUGAGUCGUAAGAACGAGGAGCUGCUUCAUGCCUACAAACGUAUGGAGAACAAGCUGAGGUUCCUCACCCAAGAGAACAUUGAAAUGAGAGAAAAAGUAGGAACCAUACGGCGCCCAAGCUCUCUGAACGACCUGGACCAAACCCAGGAGGAGAGGGAGAUCGAGUUCCUCAGACUGCAGGUGCUGGAGCAGCAGAACAUUAUUGAUGAGCUGUCGAAGGCACUGGAGACAGCUGGAUAUGUGAAAACUGUUAUUGAACGGGACAUGCUUCUGCGCUACAGGCGACAGAGGAAGAGGAUGAUCAAGCCCUGUAAGAAGCCGGUCGUGGAGACAUUCUUUGGGUACGAUGAAGAAGCUUCUCUGGAUUCCGAUGGGUCCUCUAUCUCCUACCACACAGACAGGACGCCCUGCACACCAGACGAUGACCUGGAAGAUGGGAUGAUCAAGGAGGAGACGGAGCUGAGGUUUCGCCAGCUGACCAUGGAGUACCAGGCUCUCCAGCGGGCCUACGCACUCCUGCAGGAGCAAGUUGGAGGAACGUUUGAUGCCGAGAGAGAAGUGAAGACUAGAGAACAACUGCAAGCAGAACUCAUUCGUUACCAGACCAGAAUAGCAGACCUUGAAUGUGCAUUGUGCCAGCAAGGCCAGGACGUGAAGUGGAUUGAGGAGAAGCAAGCCUUGUAUCGCAGGAACCAAGAACUCAUAGAUAAGAUCAAAGUUAUGGAGACGGAAGAAUCUCGCCUGAAGCACGACAUUCAGGACGCCAAAGACCAAAAUGAACUUUUAGAAUUCCGUAUUUUAGAACUUGAAGAGCGGGAGAGGAGAUCCCCAGCCAUCAACUUCCACAACAUCCACUUCCCGGAGGGCACGAGCCCCCUGCAGGUGUACUGUGAGGCAGAAGGCCUCUCGGAUAUCGUCAUCACCGAGCUCAUGAAAAAGCUGGAUAUCCUAGGAGAUAACGCCGUAAGUAAUCUCACCAACGAAGAACAAGUGGUCGUCAUUCAUGCAAGGACUGUUUUGACCUUGGCAGAAAAGUGGCUCGAGCAAAUAGAGGUCACCAAAUCAGCUUUACAGCAGAAAAUGGUGGACAUUGAGAAUGAGAAGGAUCUCUUCAGUAAACAGAAAGGAUAUUUGGAUGAAGAGCUGGACUAUAGGAAGCAGUCAAUGGAUCAAGCACAUAAGAGGAUCCUGGAGCUGGAAGCCAUGCUGUUCGACGCCCUGCAGCAGGAGGCCGGGGCCAAGAUGUCGGAGCUGCUGUCGGAGGAGGAGCGGGAGACGCUGCGGCAGGCCGUGGAGCAGUGGAAGAGGCAGGUGAUGAGCGAGCUGAGGGAGAGGGACUCCCAGAUCCUGCGGGAGAGGAUGGAGCUGGUGCACCACGCCCAGCAGAGAAUAAAAGAGCUGGAGGAAUGGAUAGAAGCACAGAAACGACAGAUAAAAGAAUUAGAGGAAAAGUUUUUAUUUUUAUUUUUGUUUUUUUCUUUAGCCUUCAUUCUGUGGUCAUAGUCCCUCUGGCACCAUAGAGCAGGUCUGCGGGCAAUUUUAUAUAUUUUAUAAAAGAAGACAGGAUCAUCCAAGAUAUCUCCUGGUAUCCAGACCACGCUUGUGAAGAUGUGUAUUUUUUUGUGUGUGGAAAAGCCGGGAGACAGUGUGACGAAUAGGAAUCUCCAGUACUGUGGAUAUAAAACACCCUUGCCGAAUAAUAACACUGUUUUGCAAAAUAAGCUUAUGAAAGGUUACGUCCCCGCUUGGGAAGUUUCGAACUGGGAAGUACUGAAUUCUUGCGCACGGAAUUUAAGGACUCUUAAAUUGCAGAUUUCUUUUGUUCGUUUAUUUGUUGUUUUCCCUGCUGAGCAGGCGAUGCACUUGGCUGCUUCCCUGUGGAAGCAUGAAGAUCGAGAGACGCACUGUAUCCUGCCGACACCCCCUGGUUUACACGCGUGUUCUGCCUCACACUUGGGGAGGGGAAGGGGCGGGGUCGGGACAUCUGAGGUCACAGAGCAACAUGCUGGGGUCCUCAAGUCUUAAGUGUUUGAAAAGAAAUAUAAGCUAAACGAUGGAAUUAUGUUUUUUUCCCUCAGUGUAUAUGAUGAGAUUUCAAUAUAUUGCUCAGAAGAUGGAGGUGCAAUGGGUCCCAUUUUUGAGUGGAUGGAGUCUCAAGCAAAGCUUUUUAAAAAAAAUUCUAUUCGACCAGAUAUAUUUACCUCAAUCACAUGGUGCUUGCUAGACAUUGAUGAAAGCACUGUGGGCAGGACCCUUGAAUUGUUCUCAAACCUGACAUUGGGGAAAAACACAAUGUGUCUCCUCUGCAAGUAGACCAGAAAAAAAGUAUUUCAACCUGCAGUGUCAUUUAAAGAGGGUGCGCAGAAGAGUUGAAGAUAGUAGGCAAGAGACACUAAGGCAUGUUUGAAUUCUUGAAUGAAUGAGAUGUUAUUUCCUGGUGUUAAAACCAAAUAAACAAGAACCCAGUCUCAACAAAUUGAGAAAAUGUUAAAAAAAAAAAAAAGAAAGUCUCAAAGUCAACAUUGAGCUCUCAGUAUGCA